AUGGCAGCUACAAAGGAGAAAAAAAGUGUUGCCAUAAUCUUUGGUGUCACAGGACUUGUUGGGAGAGAGUUAGCCAAGAAACUAAUUUUCCAAUCUUGUUGGAAAGUUUAUGGCAUAGCUAGAAAUCAAGACACACUACCAAACACCCUUUUGAGCCCUUAUUACAAAUUCAUUUCUUGUGAUUUGCUUAACCCUUUGGAGACUCAAAAAAAGUUAUCUUUAUUACAAGAUGUAACUCAUGUGUUUUGGGUCACAUGGGCUAGUGAAUUUCCACUAGACACACAAGAAAGUUAUGACCAAAACAAAGCUAUGAUGUCAAAUGCUUUGGAUUCUUUGCUCUCAAAUGCAAAGAAUCUAAAACAUGUUUCACUUCAAACAGGUACAAAGCACUAUGUAUCCCUUGAAACCCCUUUUGAUGAACAAAAGAAAUUGUAUUAUUACAAUGAAGAGUUUCCAAGGAUGAGUAGAACCCAUAAUUUCUACUAUGCAUUAGAGGAUUUGCUUAUGGAGAAAUUGAAUGGUAAGAUUUAUUGGUCAGUGCAUAGGCCUGGUUUAUUAUUUGGAAAUUCAAUUAGGUCAUUUUAUAAUUUUAUGGCUAGUUUAUGUGUUUACGGGUCUAUUUGUAAAAAGUUGAAUCUCCCUUUUCUGUUUGGCGGAACAAAAAAAUGUUGGGAGGAGCCUUACAUUGAUGGCUCAGAUGUUAGGCUCGUAGCUGAUCAACAUAUUUGGUCAGCUACAAAAAAUGUUAUGGUUUCUACUAACGGACAAGCUUUUAAUUCAAUCAAUGGCUCGAGUUUCACUUGGAAAGAAAUUUGGCCAAUUGUUGGGAAAAAGUUAGGAGUCAUAGUCCCUCAAGAAAUGUUUGAUGGAAAUUUUUGGUAUUCUAAAGCUAUGAUUGAGAAGGAACAAGUUUGGGAAGAGAUUGUGGAGGAAAAUGAGUUGGUGAAAACAAAAGUUGAAAAUUUAGUCAAUUGGGAAUUUUUAGAUGCUUUAUUUAGAUUCCCUUUUAAGCUUAUGGGGAGUAGAGAUAAAGUUGAUGAGUAUGGUUUUGGUGUAAGGUACAAGACAUUGAAUUCAAUAUUGUAUUGGAUUGAUUGUAUGAGAGAUGAGAAGGUGAUUCCUUAA